AUGUUUAGAUCCAGCAGCAGGGACCGCUCGGUGGACAGAGCAGCCAUGGAGGCCAGUGGAGGGACUGAGAAGGAGAGGGACAAGGAGAAGGAGAAAGACAAGGAGAAAGACAAGGAGAAAGUGGUGAAGAGGAGGAUCAGGCCUGUGUUCCUGCGUUACCUGGACAGGAGGAAGACGGACUCCAUCGUGGACGACGACAUGGCCGUAGGGGACAUCAACCUGGGAACGCUAGUGAGAAGGAGUCAGUCAGACAAGACGGAGUACAGCGCUAAACUUAAAGAGAAAAUGACCCCCAGCGCCCUGUCCAUGCCGCUGCCGCCCGACUCGGAGGAGGUUCGCUGCAGGAAGAUGAGCCGCAGGGCGAAGGUCAUCCAGGAGCUGGUACAGACGGAGAAAGACUACCUCACGGACAUGGAGCUCUGCGUGCGAGAGGUGGUGAAGCCCCUGAGGGAGCUUCAGGUGGUGGAUGUGGACCGCCUGUUCACCAACAUGGAGGCUGCAUGUGAGGUGUCUGCUGCCCUGGUUCUCCAGCUGCAGGAGGCCACAGCGGAGCCCGACCUGGAGGCUGUCGUCAUUGGGGACAUCUUCAUCCAGGCCAAGGGAGCGUUGGAGGACGUCUAUAAGAUUUACUGCUACCACCACGAUGAGGCCAACCAGCUUCUCAAGACCUACGAGAGAGACGAGGAAAUUAAACAGCAUUUAAACACAUGUAUUCUAUCUCUGAAGCAAAUAUAUGACCUUGAAGGGAAGCCCAACCUGCUGAACAUGGGUUCGUUGCUCAUCAAGCCAGUGCAGAGGAUCAUGAAGUACCCCCUCCUGCUGGGAGAGCUGUGGCAGGCCACCCCCAACGACCACCCUGACUACCUGCCUCUGCAGGAGGCCUACACCGCCAUCAAGAUCAUCAACGUCAACAUCAACGAGUUCAAACGACGGAAGGAUAUCGUCAUGAAGUACAAGCGGGCCGACGACGAAGGCUCGCUGAGAGAAAGACUGCAAAAGAUCAACAUCCGCUCCAUCAGGAAGAAGGGCGACCGAUUCGCCGGCUAUCUCAAGAUCCUCGCUGGGGCCGAAUCUCAGGUUAAGGACGAAGCGUUCGACAAGGAAGAGAAGCUGUUCAGGAGCCUGGAGAAAGCGGUGAAGCAACUGGUCAAGGACAUCCACUUUUAUCUGCAGCAAGCACAGGAGAUGGUGGCUGUAGCGGUCCAUAAUGUCCAGGACCUGGAGAUCAUAGUGAAGGACUCCCAUAAACACAUCACUAAUGGAACACACCACGAGAACACCCCAGACCCCUAUAAGCACUUUAAAGAGCAGCUGGAGCGCUUGGUGCUCACCCCGCUGACCUGCCUGCAAGGCAUGUUCUCCGCGCCGCAGAAGCUCAUCCAGAAACGCUACGACAAACUGCUGGACUACUGCAGUCGCCUGGAGCGCUCCUCCUCCUUCAACUCCACCUUCUCCUCCACCUACUCCCCCUCCCACCCCUCCUCCUCCCGCCCCUCUUCCUCGCCGUCGCCCUCUCCCUCCGCCCCUUCGCCCGUGUCGGACGCCCACCUGCCGGCCCGGCGGGACUACGUGGCUCUGAACGGCCAGCUGGUGGAGGAGCUGCAGCGGUUCAACGCGGCGGCGCACACCAUCCUGGUCAACUGUGUGGUGUUCCUGGCGGCGCUGCUCCGAGGGCUGACCGACACCACCCGGCACAACAUCCCCUCCAAGCACCAGCUGCCUGCCCCGUUGUCGAACAUCAACGAGGUGCAGAACAGCCUCAUGGACGAGCUGAACAAUCUGACCUUCGUCAAGGACAAUGCGCAGAAAAUGAUGGAGCGCAAGGUCAGCUUUGAGCGCCAACGAGAGAAGAAACCCAUGGUGGAGGAGGUGCAGCAUCAGACGGAGCCGGACCGCGUGUGGCUGCUGUCCGAGUACCCUGCCUCCCAGCUCUACCAGCUGAAGAGGAAGUGCAACGGCAGCCAGGAACAGGACCUCAGUCUGCUGGAGGGGGACCUCGUGGCCCUGCUGGAGGACAGCGACCCCCACGGCAGCAGCAGCCGCUGGCUCGUCCACACCGGAGGUACCCAGGGCUACGUGUACUCCACCUUCCUGAAGCAGUACAACCCUUUGAGAGACGUGACCAGGGCCGGGCAGAGCGUGGUGGAGCAGCCCCAGGAGCAGCUGGUGGAUGAGGACUUUGACAACCUCAGUCUGUUUGUGUCAGGCAGCGGCAACAGCAGUCUGCGGAGCUUCAGCCUCCACACGGCCGACAGCGGCUCCAUCCUGUCCGGCCUGCAGGGGGAGCUAGAGGGCCUGCAGGACCUGGAGGAGUCAGUGGACGAGGACCCUCAGCAGUUUUAUGCGGUGCAUGCGUUCCAAGCACGCUGUGAGCAGGAGUUGACGUUACAGGAGUACCAGCACGUAAGGAUCCUUCAGUUCUCUGACCAGGGCGGGAACAAGGACUGGUGGCUAGCUGAGGCUCACGGACAGAAAGGCUACGUUCCCGCCAACUACCUGGGAAAGAUGUCCUAUGCCUAAAAACCUAAAAGCAAAUGGCAUGAUAAAUUCACUUUAUAGUAAGUGCUGCAGAAAUUUCAAGGAUUGCAAUGGAUUAAUAUCCAUAAUGCAUUGUAAAACUGGUGUUCAACUGAUGCGGAACAAUUUUCAUUGUCAUCAGAUUUGUACAAUGCAGACGGCCAGCACAUUUUGGUUCUUCAUGCAAGUGAGCUGUCAAGGGGUGAUGCCACCAAUUUAUGUAACCACGCCGAAACAUUUCCGGCACAUAAUUUGUGUCAGAAUUUCCCCUAUUCCCUGCCUUACUUUUCCCCUAACAGUAUAAAGUGUGGAAUGGGAAUGUGGGAAUGAAAGAACAACCAAUUUGAACAUGGAGUACUGGUUUUCACUUGAUUACAUUGUGUUGUUAUAAAGGUUUUAUCAAAUAGAAAAUAUUAUCGAUUAUGAAUGUGAGAUAGUGAAGGCCUCACUUGUGAAGGAUAUUGUGAGGAAAUUACUUAACCCAAUUAUCAAAGCUUUCAGGCCAGAAGUGUUGGCCUUUAAACCUCAUGUCUUGACAGAUUAUGACUAGAAGAGAUAUAUAUAUGGGCAAUUUUGCCUAGCACUUUGUAUUGUGACAAACAGUGUUGUUGAUAUAUUUAUACUAAUGGAUAAAAUGAAGUGAUCGACUCCCGUUAAUGAAGUAAAUGUUUAUGUGAAACUCUGAAAUGAUGAAAUCUAUAUAUGUGAAAUUGUGAAUAUUGCUCUUACACAUAUUUUGUUAAUUACUAAAUAAAGAUUCUCUAUUAUAUAAUUA